AUGCUCUCACGCAAGACAUCUUCACUUCUCGCUUUUGCGACUUCAGCCGCGCAAGUUGCUGCUCACGGUCAUGUAGACUGGCUUGUAACAAAUGGCGUUGCAUUUAGAGGCUACUCUGCUCCAGAGAUGAGCUGGAAUCAUAAUCAUCCCCCUGUCGUCGGUUGGACCAACGGUGCCACUGACAAUGGCUAUGUUGAGCCCAACUCUUUCUCAGACCCCGAUAUCAUCUGCCACAGAGCGGCGAGACCUGGGAAAGGGCACGUAACCGUUGCAGCAGGUGACAAGAUCACUCUUCAAUGGAAUACGUGGCCAGAGAGUCACCAUGGGCCCGUGAUUGACUAUCUUGCUAGAUGUCCGGGAGACUGCGAGACCGUUGAUAAGAACGAUCUUGAGUUCUUCAAGAUUGGUCAAGAAGGUCUCAUUGAUAUGUCGAUGCAAAACGGCAAGUGGGCAUCUGACGUGCUUAUAGCUACUGGCUUCUCUUGGACACUUCAAAUUCCUGAGACAUUGGCUCCUGGGAACUAUGUUCUUCGCCACGAGAUUAUAGCUCUGCACGGCUCUGGACAGCCUAAUGGAGCACAGAAUUACCCCCAAUGCUUUAAUCUCAAAGUCACCGGUGACGGAGACUUGGCUCCAGAUGGCGUCAAGGGCACACAACUCUACAAGGCCAACGAUCCUGGUAUCCUCUUCAACCUCUAUACAACACCUUUGUCCUACAAGAUUCCCGGCCCUACAUUGGUUCCUGGCCUCCCUUCUACAGUAUCUCAGCGUGUUGUCGCCGCAACUGCAACAUCGAGCGCAACUGUGCCAGGACAAACUCAAGCUAGCACGAGCAGCAAAGCUUCUUCUUCUACAUCAAAGGGAGGCUCGACAUCGACCAGCAGUGCUUUUGGAGGAGAUACAACACUCAAGACUUCAACAACAAGCAGGUCCUCCUCGUCCAGCACAACGAAGGAUACACCACAGCCCACAGAGGACGACGAUAUUAUCUGCGGUCCUGCUACAGGAGGUCUUCCAAAGUACAGCCAAUGCGGAGGUAAAGACUAUACUGGACCGACAGUUUGUCAAUGGGGGUCGAGUUGCAAGGUUCUGAAUCCCUAUUACUCGCAAUGUCUUUGA